AUGGUUCUACAAUUACUUAGUUUAUCCGUUAAUAUUCUAUGUUUAAUACAGAAAGUACCACAAAUUUAUCGUAUUUAUAAAACAAAAAAUGUUGAAAGUGUAUCAUUAUCAUCUGUUUUACUUGAAGAAACAGCUUAUACAUUGGUUUUAACUUAUAACCUAUGGCGAAAUUAUCCAUUAUCAACAUUCUUUGAAUAUAUAUUUCUUUUUAUUCAAGAUUUACUUCUUUUAUGGGCAUUAUCAAAAUAUUCAACAAAAGAAACAAAAGAAAAAGGAAAAUUAAAUGAUCGAUCGACUCCAUUGUAUGGAAUAUUAGCAUUUUCCGUGUAUCUAUUCUUGGGUAUCGUAGGUCUUAUACCAUCGGCAUGGAUGCGUAUUUGUACAAUGCUUGUUAUUCCAAUCAGUGCUUCGUCAAAAAUAGUUCAACUUCGAACUAUUCUUUCUAAUAAAAGUGCUGGUCAAGUCAGUCGACCUGGAUGGAUGAUCGCUUGUUAUAACAAUUUUGCUCGUAUAAUUACAAAUCUUGUUGAAACUCGAGAUAUGAGUAUGGUUCUAAAUUUAUUCAUUAGUUUAAUACUUAAUAUAUCAAUUGUUAUUGCUUGUACGGUUUAUAAAUAUGGACCUGUACGAAAACCCAAGGAUAAAAAAAAGAAAAAGACAACAUAA